AUGGCGGUCUUCCGCUACCUCAACGACCCUACAGUCGUGACCAACAUUGACGUAGUGGCAGCCGAUGUCCGGAAUGAGCUUCGCGAUUGGGAGCGACUCACUCCUGGCGUAAGGGGCAUUGUGGCACACUGGGACGAGAAUUAUCCGGCAUACUUUGAACAGGUGUCAUUGUUUGCCAGAAACUGGGUGACAGAUCGUCUGAAUGAGAUCCGCCGGGCCUGGCAACCGGCGAAUGCUCCCGCACGCGAUAGUGUACUAGCAGAGGUCGGACGACUUGAGGAUCUAAUCAAUGACAUGCGGUACGCGUUCGAGGAUCGUGAUUAA